UGAUAGUAUUUCUAUCAUUUGGUUCCCUCUUUUCCACAAUACAUUCAAUUCUAAGCAACCUCCACUUCCCUCAUUUUCUUCUUCCUAUAAAAUCCCAUUCUAAGUGCAAACAUUCCCUCAUCCAAACCAAAAUUCUUGAUUCAGUUCCCCAUCUUAACGACAAAAAAUAGGAUCGAUUAGAUUCUAUUGUGCUCUAUUACCUUAUAAAAUCCCAUAACAAGUGCAAGCAUUCCCUUAGUCAAACCAAAAUUCUCAGUUCAGUUCUCUACCUUAACGACAAAAAUAGGAUCGAUCAGACCCUAACAUUGCUCCAUUACCUUAUAUAAUCCCAUUCUAAGUGCAAACAUACCGAAUUCUUGGUUCAGUUCUCCACCUUAACGAAAAAAAAGGACCGUUCAAAUAUGGCUUCUUGUCUGUUCUUUGUUGUUGUCUUUUGCCUACCCUUUAUUGUUAAAUCUCAAGAAAGGUCUCCUCAUGGCCUUGCUUAUGAAAGCCCUGUUGCAGUUUCACCAGAAGCAUACUCAUUUUUCCACCCAGAGACUCAAAAACAAAACACUACUACUAGUGAAAGUUUAUGUGAUGAUAAUAAUAAUGCAUCAGGUUGUUCAAGAUUUCCUACAGCAUCAAGUGUGCAGUCUAAUUUGGCACAUGAAAGUUUACCGCCGGGCGAUGAGGAAGGCGAUAAACGAAUGGGAGCUGGUGGGAUGGUUGGGAUUGCUCUUGGGUUCGGGUUUGCUAUUGUGUUAGCAUUCGGUGUUUACUAUGUGGCAAUUGCGCGAAAACGCAAUGCAGACAAAGGUGCUCCUGUCCAGCUCAAUGUCUGACUCUUCAAAAAUGUUGUUGCAUGAUGUCAGACCUCUCCAAAAUGCACUAUUUUUGGAGAAUCUGGCAUGCACCUAUCUACAUUUUCAAAGAAUCCGAGUAACAUAGAUCACAACAGGCAUUUACUCUUAUCCAUCCCCUGUAGUUUCAUCUCAUUUUUACCUUCUUUUUUUUUUGGUUUGUUACCUUUCCUAUAGUUGUAUGGUUUGGGAAUGUGAGAUGUAACUAUUGUUUGUAUCAGUAAUUAGAGAUAUAAUAGUACAAUUAUUUAGUCAUUA